AUGCAGGAGGUUCUUCGAAACGGACAGAAAAUGACUUCCGUCAUCGCAAAAAUUGAAUCACUAGAGGACAAAAUUAAUUCCCUGUCUAACAAGCAUGAUGAUCUUGCUACGCAGGUCGAAAGCAACUUGGCUUCUAUACAAGCGGCUAAUAUACGCCUUGAUCAGAUCGAUAAUUUGGGUGAUCAACGCAACGUAGAAAUACGUCAGCUAAAGGUGCAGAUAAACGAGCUUGACCAGUACGGCCGUCGUAAUAAUAUCGAGAUCCGUGGUCUUCCCUACUUGGCGGGAGAAGCCUUACUGGACGUUGUUAACGAAGUUGCUCUGAAAUUAGAACUUCCCCCGCUGACAGGGGUGGGCUACGAUGCAAUGCACAGGCUCCUGUCUCAGUCCAAUGCCCAUGCACCUCCAGUCAUCAUAAAGUUCAAAGAUAGAAAAACGAGAGAUGCAUGGCUUGGACAGCGAAGUAAACUGAAACUGAAUUCUCAAACUGUGCGCAACGAACAAAUCUUCCUAUGUGAAAAUCUCACGCUUCAAAAUAAGAAGCUUCUGUGGCAAGCUCGGAUGUCGGCAAAAGAGAAAGGAUACCAAUUCGUUUGGGUGCGAAACGGGCUCAUCUUUGUUGGACGCGCAGACGGAACAACGGCCAUUGAGAUAACACAUACUGAAGACCGCACGACGCUGUAG